AUGGAUUGUGAAGGACAGGUAACACCAGAAGCAAGGUCAGAGUUGAAACCAAAAUUGGGACUUGAAUUUGAUUGUUGUGACGAUGUGUUCAAUUUCUAUAAUAUGUAUGUUGUGGAAGCUAGAUUCGGCAUUCGGUGUUCUACAACGAGGACGUGCACACUGAUAGGAGAGGUAACAAGGAAGGAAUAUGUAUGUUGUAAACAGGGGUAUGCGUUGACAAGCAUUGUUAGUCGUAAGAGAAGACAGCGAGGUUGUACUCGAACUGGUUGCAAGGCUAAACUUGCGAUAUUGAAGGUGAAAGACAAGAAUAAGUACAUUGUUGUAAGAUUCAAUGAGGUACACAACCAUGACAUGACCACAGUUGAUAAAGUCCAUCUAUUAAGAUCUCACCGUAACUUAACAGAGUCUACAAAGGUGUAUAGUGCAAAUAUGAGCAAAGUUAAUAUUCCGGUACAUAAACAGUUAAGCCUUCUUAAGAUGCAAGUAGAGGGAAUGGAAAAUGUUGGGUUUGUUAAGAGAGAUGUCUAUAAUUAUCUAAGGGACGUGCAUGGAGAGGUGAUUGGCCAUGAUGCAGAGCUGCUUAAGGAGCAUUUUAUGGCUAUGCAAGAAAAGAAUGAAUCCUUUUAA